CUCUCUGGGAUUUUGUCUGGGUCUUAAGUUUGAAGUAACGUCCCUUACUUUCUCAUGGUCAAAUAGUCUGAUCCCCAGUUCUGCUCUUCAAUUCGCAGUUGAUUCUGCUCUGUUGUCUUGCCCUUAAUUACCUCCUUCCUGUUUUCUGUUUUCUCACUUCUCCUCCAUAACCCUCUCUCUCUCUCUCUCUCUCUCUCUCUCUCUAGCCCAUGUUCACCAUGAAGCACAACAAAUUCUUCGACAGCAAACCCUUCCGCAUCACUCUCUCUCUCUCCCUCUUCAUCCUCUUCUCUUUCCCUUCCCUCCUCCUCUUUCGGCUCUGGCCGCAGCCACCCUCGCCUUUCCAUCGCAUGCCUCUGCUGUCGCUCUUCACCACCCGAAGCACCAGUUACGACGUUGCUGCUGUCUCGACGCCUCCUGCUGAGUGCCGUGCAGGGGUCUCAGUCUAUAUCCACGACCUGCCGCCUGAGUUCAACUUCGGGCUCCUCGAGGACUGCCAGCACCUGAACCGGUUCAUUAACAUGUGCCCGCACGUGGCUCACCGCGGCCUCGGCCAGCCCCUCCCUUCCUUGGGCCGUUCCUGGUUUGCGACCAACCAGUUCACCUCAGAGAUGCUCUUCCACGCGCGCCUCGAGGGCCAUCCGUGCCGCACCCAUGAUCCCGCCCACGCUGACCUCUUCUAUGUCCCCUUCUAUGGGGGCUUCCACAUGUCGAGCCGGUCCCGCGAGCCCGAUCCUGUGGUGAGGGAUGCUCUGGCUGUGCGUAUGGUGGAGCACGUCGGCUUGUCACCGUGGUGGCAGCGGCGCCACGGGAGGGACCACUUCAUCACCCUCGGGAGGACUGGCUGGGACUUCCUGCGUAAUCCUAACCCAAGCCAAGAAAUUGGGGCCAACACGCUCCUCCACAUGCCGGCUGUCAAGAACAUGUCGGUGCUCGUGGUAGAGCGCCAGCCGUGGAUUGGGACGAACCAACACGGGCUUCCCUAUCCUUCCUACUUCCACCCCACCACCUCGGGCGAAAUGCUGACAUGGCAGGAAAAGAUGCGGCGCUCGAAGCGGCCCUACCUGUUCUCCUUCAUAGGCCAGGCUCGGAAGGGCGGGGGAGCCAAUGCUGUCGCAAGGAACGAGAUGAUGAGGCAAUGCGCGGAGUCGCCCCGGUGCGAGCUAGUGAACUGUGGAGACAAAAAAAGCAAGUGCCACAACCCGGAGGAGGUGCUUCGGGUCAUGACGAGGUCCGAGUUCUGCCUCCAAGCCCCAGGCGACUCUUUCACUAGGCGGUCGACCUUCGACGCUUUGCUGGCGGGCUGCAUCCCGGUGUUUUCCUCGCGCCAUACAUGCUACACUCAGUACGCCUGGUUCCUUCCUCAGGACUGGAGAUCCUACUCGGUCUUCAUAGAAGCCGAGGGCUCGAAGCAGAUGAAGAGGAUAGAGGAUGAGCUUAUGAAGAUAACACCGCAAAAAAGAGAGAAGAUGAGGUCCAAAGUCAUAGGCUUGAUCCCUAGAGUCACGUACGCACAUCCCAAUGGCACGAGAUUAGGGUUUCGCGAUGCUGUCGACGUGGCACUUGAGGCAUUGGCCAAGCAUAUUGUUGACAAGUCCAUAUGAUCAUAGGAAGAUUUUGCAUUUAUAAAUACAAAUUCGAUAGUUGUGAACUGUGCGAUCCGUGCUUGAUGGGGGAGGGGUUUUCGACUUUGUAACUCAUUGAUCGAAGGAUCGCUUUAGUUGCAAACAUGGCUUGAUCGAUCCAAUUAGCUUGAUUUUCUCUCUUUGGCUUUCGAGUUUCAGCUUUACUGGUUACCUUGAUUUUCCAAUUUACUAGUGGAUUAAUCACAAAAGUCUCAAGAUGUAUUUACAUGUA